AUGGCUCUGUCGUAUUUCCCCAACGCCUCGUGCGGGAGCUCGCCACAGCCAACCGCCGAGAGCUCUCCCAAACAUACCGAAGCGAUACAGGAGGCGUAUGUCGAACAUAAGGACAGGUUGCUCACCGCUUUGGACUCCACCAAGUCGAUCCUUGGGGACCUUCGUCAGUUCAACAAGGACGACUGGGUCGUUCGUUAUCCCCAGCUCCAAGAGCAGCCUGCCUCCUCCGAGUCCACUUCCAACCGACGGAAGAGCGCGCGCCGUUCCCUGUCCUUCCCCGAUGACCCCUCCUUCCAAGCCGAUGUCAUAGUCUCCCCUGCUCGCGCCGGGCUCACCCGCUCCGUCACCCUCGCCACUAUCGAGGACAAGGAGGAGACGUCUGCCGAGACUGAAGAGGAUGACGAUCGUCUUGUCUCUGCAUCCGACUUUAACGUCUUCCGUCUUGACCUCAAGCUCGGACCCCAGGGCUCCUCCGCCUCUCCGGCUGCGCUCGUCGCGCAGCUCGAAAAGUCGUCGAUCGCGAACCUCCUCGAUGACCGGAUCCUGAACGCCGCUGGUCACCUAGACAAGCUCCGCUCUCGUAUUGAGGACACGUCCUCCAAGGUUCUUGUUACCGGUGAUCUCAAUGCGGGCAAGUCCACCUUCGUGAACGCCAUCCUGCGCAGGAACGUCAUGCCCAUCGACCAGCAGCCCUGCACGACCGCGUUCUGCGAGGUCCACGACGCGUCGGAGAACAGCGGGAAGGAGGAGGUCCACAUUCUCAAGGAAGGAGCGACCUACUCUGUCACCGACGAAAGCACCUUCACUCGGGCGGAGCUGUCGGACCUCGACUCAAUUGUGUCCGAGAACGAGGAUGAAAAGCAGGUCCUUAAAGUUUACCUUGUCGACCCCCGCGACCCUCAUACUUCGCUUCUCAACAACGGCAUCGUCGACAUUUCCCUCAUCGAUGCCCCCGGUCUCAACCGCGACAACACGCACACUACGCGCGUCUUCGCCCGCCAGGAGGAGAUCGACGUCGUUGUCUUCGUAGUUUCCGCCGAGAACCACUUCACACUUUCUGCGAAGGAGUUCCUCACGAAUGCUAGCAACGAGAAGGCCUACCUGUUCAUCGUCGUCAAUAAGUACGAACAGAUCAGGGACAAGGCCAAGUGCAGGCGUUUGGUCCUCGAGCAGAUCAGGCAGCUCAGCCCCCGGACCUACGAGGAUGCCGAGGACCUCAUCCACUUUGUCGACUCCCAAGCGGCUCUUGGCGAGGAUUCACCUUCCUUCGGUCAGCUCGAAUCGGCUCUUCGCUCUUUCGUCCUCACCAAGCGCGCCAAGUCGAAGCUUGCCCCUGCAUCGACGUACCUGAUCAAACUUCUCUCCGACAUCGACCUCCUUGUCGGCGCCAACGCCAUUGUUGCUCAGACGGAGCUCAACCGCGCUCGCGACGACCUCAGCCGUGCCAAGCCUGUGCUCGAGAAGAUGAAGAACGGUCGUGAGGCUCUGGAGGAAAGCUUGGAGGCAGUGGAAGACAACGGUGCAUCGCGGACGCGGAUGCGCACGAAGGAGAUCCUCUCGAACGCCCUCGACAGCGUUGGCGCUGGCAAACUCGGCAUUGCGUCGUCUUCCGUGGCUCUGCCCUCAUACCCUGGUCUUGUCGGUAUCUGGGACUACGCCCGUGAAGUUCGCCGUGCUCUGCUCGCCAGCUUGGACGCUGCCGUCACGCUCGCGGAGGACGAAGCGCGUCUGGUCACCGCGGAGGCAGUCAACAAGAUCUCCCAACUCGGCGACGAGCACCUGCCUGAAGGCGUCGAGCGGUCCCGUCGCGUCUUCAUGCCCGAAGCGAUGUUCUCGUCUCGUGCGGGCAACAGGGGCAGCCGCCGCUCGCGCCAGAACUCUGGCGCCAUUGUUGCUGGUGGUCUCUACGGUCUCGGCAUCGGCCUCGUCCAGCGCCCCGACAUGCUCGAGACGACCUUCUUCGACAUUUUCGACGUCCACCACCAGUUCUGGGUCCAGUUCGGCGACGCAAAGCACGAGGGUGACGAGGUCGCCGUCAGCACACUCGGCGUCGCUUCCAUCGGCCUCGGCGCGCUCACCAUGCUCGGGCAUCGUCCGGUCUGGAACUUGAUCGAGAACGAGUCUGCCCGGCGCUGGGCGGCGCCCGUCCUCGGGGCGGUCGCGAUCGGCGUAUCGGCAUACCUCGUGGUCGAGCUCCCGAGCACAAUUCCGCGUACGGUCGGACGGCGGAUCAAGGCCACGAUCGCGAAGGAGGCGGAGGAGCAGGGCGAGGAGGGUUCGUUCGCGGGGGCGCACGCGCUGCGCGUGAGCCGAGAGACGCGCAAGGUUCUCCGGCUCGCGUCCUACGACCUCCGGGAACGCUUCCGGGCGGCGAUGGACGAGCGCGGGAGGGAGGUGCACGGCGCAGAGGAGGCGGCGCGUCGGACGGAGAAGGCGGUGGGCUGGUUCGCUGCGGUUGAGCAGCGUACGGGCGAGGUGCGCGAGUCGGUCGCGCUCGUCGCGUCGGCGUCGGCGUGA